AUGAGUUCUUUCAUUAGCACCAAACAGUACUACUACUGUCUCUUGCUUCUUUGUCUACUACAAUUAGCCAUUGCAUCUCGCGACACAACCAUUGUUUAUAUUACAAGCAACGUCGGAAAAGGUGUAGAUCUUAUAGUGCACUGCAAGUCGAAAAACGAUGACCUAGGCAAACACCUUCUGCACGAUCAAGAAACGUUUAAAUUUUCAUUUGUUCCGAAUAUUUGGGGAUCUACAUUAUUCUAUUGCGGAUUUACAUGGAGUGACCAAUUUAAGUGGUUCGAUAUUUACGUAGAAAGCCGAGAUGCCUGCCAAGAUUGUUAUUGGAAGAUUGAACCUAAUGGUCCUUGCUUGCAGCAGGAUCCAGUCGCAUGUUUCCCGUGGAACAAGUAA